UCGAAGCGGACUGCUCAGCGCUCGCCGGCGCUCCUCGGAUCAAACCCUUCGACCAUCAGUCGCACAGCCCGAGUCCGAUAAACCCUCGGAGUUUCCAACGUUCCAACCCCCACCCUCUCUCGGUAUCAUCGAUCCCUUCCUCGCUCCUUAUCCCUUUCCUCUUCGCUUCUCCCAAUUUAACUCUCAAUCCCUCCCCUGGGAAACCCAUCUCGUGCUCCCCUCUAAUCCUUCGAUACCUCUCUUCGUCAUCCCCCGACAGGAUUUGAUCCGAAGAUGGACUCCAUUAUCGCUUGCAAGUCGGCCUGCUCGCCUCCUGGGUUAGUCAUCAGACCAGCCAGAGGAAUUAGGAGCUCACAAUGUACCUUUGUAGUGCGAGAUGCUCCGAACUUUCACAAGAUAAGCUUUUUUCCAAGGCAAAGAGCUGCUUGUGCAAACCGGAAAUCAAAGGGAAGCGGAGGAGCUCUGAAUGCAACUUGCCGUGAUGAGAAGAUUCUCGUGGCAAAUAGAGGAGAAAUUGGAGUCAGGGUGAUUCGAACUGCACAUGAGAUGGGGAUUCCCUGUGUUGCUGUGCACUCCACAAUAGAUCAGGAUGCUCUUCAUGUGCGACUCGCAGAUGAGGCAGUGUGCAUUGGUGAAGCAGCUAGCAGCCAAUCGUACUUAUUCAUUCCGAAUGUUUUAUCUGCUGCUGUUAGCCGGGGGUGCACUAUGUUGCAUCCUGGGUAUGGUUUCCUAGCUGAGAAUGCUGGCUUUGUUGAUAUAUGCAAAGAGCAUGGAAUCAACUUUAUCGGGCCAAAUCCUGAUAGCAUUCGAGUCAUGGGUGAUAAAUCUACAGCCAGAGAAACAAUGAAGAAAGCAGGCGUCCCGACUGUACCCGGAAGUGAUGGAUUGUUACAGUCCACUGAGGAGGCUGUCAAGCUUGCACAUGAAAUUGGUUUCCCUGUGAUGAUUAAGGCAACUGCUGGUGGUGGAGGGCGUGGAAUGCGUCUAGCUCACAAACCUGAAGAGUUUGUAAAGUUGCUCCAGCAAGCUAAGAGCGAGGCAGCAGCAGCAUUUGGAAAUGAUGGGGUUUACCUGGAAAAAUACAUCCAGAAUCCAAGGCACAUUGAGUUCCAGGUUCUUGCAGACAAGUAUGGGAAUGUUGUUCAUUUUGGUGAGCGUGAUUGCAGUAUACAGAGAAGGAAUCAGAAGCUCCUAGAAGAAGCACCAUCCCCUGCAUUGACCCCUGAGCUACGGAAAGCUAUGGGUGAUGCAGCUGUAGCAGCUGCUGCAUCUAUAGGUUACAUUGGUGUUGGAACUGUGGAAUUUCUCUUGGAUGAAAGAGGUUCCUUCUACUUCAUGGAAAUGAACACCAGGAUCCAGGUAGAGCACCCUGUCACUGAAAUGAUUUCCUCAACCGACUUGAUUGAAGAACAGGUUCGAGUUGCUCUUGGAGAGAGGCUGACAUACAAGCAGGAAGACAUUGUUCUUAGAGGACAUUCAAUUGAAUGCCGGAUUAAUGCAGAAGACGCCUUCAAAGGAUUUCGUCCAGGGCCUGGAAAGAUUACAUCAUACUUGCCCUCUGGAGGUCCAUUUGUGAGAAUAGAUAGUCAUGUUUAUCCAGGCUAUGUGGUUCCCCCAAGCUAUGACUCCUUGCUAGGAAAGCUUAUUGUGUGGGCACCAACCAGGGAAAAAGCAAUAGAACGAAUGAAAAGAGCUCUUGAUGACACGAUAAUAACAGGAAUUCCUACAACCAUUGAAUACCAUAAGUUAAUUCUUGAUAUUGAGGACUUUAGAAAUGGAAAGGUAGAUACUGCCUUCAUACCUAAGCAUGAGAAGGAUUUGGCUGCACCCCAGAAACUAGUGCUGUCGACAUCAGAGAAAGAGCUAUCUGGGGUGGGUGCCUAAACAUUAUAUUGUGUGCUUCAGUUCCUUGCAGUCCCUACAGCAUUUCAAUCUAUACACCGUUCAUUGCUUACCAGCAGAAGAUUUUGACUCGAGAAUAACGAUAGCCUAGGCCAAUUUCUCUCUCUCUCUCUCUCUCUCUCUCGCUCUCUCUCUCUCUCUUUUAAUUAUCUUAAAUAUUUGUUUCAGUUUGUCCAGGCAGUGAAGACUGACUGGAAAUUGUUUGAGUGAGAAGCAUAGCUUCUGCCAUGGAAUUAAACUUGUAGUAUGAUUAUUGUAAGUCACGACCUAACUGAAGGUUACGUAGUUUAGAGAUGUGUGGCUGCUCAAUCUUGAAGUCCAAUAUAUAGUAGUUUCAAUUCUAAUAUUACUUAAUGGCUAAAGCUUCCAUUGGAAGCAUUGGAGAUGA